AUGAAGGACCGCCCCUCGCUGUCUCCCAUGGCGCCAUCUACGUUCCUCCGCACCACCCGCUUCAUUUCUGCUUACGACGACGUCGUUUCCGAAGUUGAAGUUCCUUCAUUACCGAGUGGUUUCCCCAAUGAUAUCAUGCAGGAGUGGAAGCCAAAAUUUACAAUGCUGUUAAGUGAUGAGAGUAAGCAAGAGUUGAUUUCAAGGGAGAAAAAAGAUAGGCGUGAUUUUGAUGAAAUAUCAGUUUUGGCAACUAGAAUGGGCUUGUAUAGUCAUAUGUAUUCCAAGGUUGCUGUCUUCAGUAAGGUGCCACUUCCCAACUAUAGAUAUGAUUUGGACGAAAGGAGGCCUCAGAGGGAGGUGAGCAUGCCUAUCACCGUGUUCAGGCGGGUUGGUGCACAUUUUGAGGAAUACCUUAGUCGAAAGUCCAGGACAAACAAAAGCUUUUCAGAUUUGUCAAGCAGUGACGGCAGUCUUGGUACAGAUGAAGGGCCUUUUGAACAGCCUGAGCCGCUAGCAUCCAGUAAGGCUGUUGUGGAGAAAAUUCUCUGGCAGAGAAGCUUACAAAUGCGGGUUGUGCAACAAGCUUGGCAGGAGUCAUCUGAAGGAAAAAGAAUGCUAGAAUUUCGUAGAAAUCUCCCUGGUUAUAAAGAGAAAGAAGCAAUAUUAUCGGUCAUAUCAAAGAAUCAGGUGGAAUUGUGUAUCACCAAAACUAUUCUAUAA